AUGCUACCCAAGCGCUGCUCCCCCUCGCUGCUGCGGACGCCGCUCGCGCGCGCCAAGAGCACGGCCAAGCCGCGCACGGCGCCCGUGCUGAGCACCAUGCUGCCGCGCGGCACGUUCGACGGCAAGGUGGCGCUGGUCACGGGCGGCGGCACGGGGCUGGGCAAGGGCAUCGCCACCAAGCUGUCGGACCUGGGCGCCACCGUGGCCAUCAUGAGCCGCAAGCGCGGCGUCGUGGAGGUGGCGGCCAAGGAGAUCCAGGCGCUCACGGGCAACAGCGUGAUCCCGCUCACGGGCGACGUGCGCGACGCCGAGCAGGUCAAGCAGGCGCUGGACGAGCUGGACGAGCUCGCGGGCGUGCCCACGGUCGUGGUCAACAACGCGGCGGGCAACUUCAUCUCGCCCUUCGAGCGGCUCAACGCCAAGGGCUUCGGUACCAUCGUGGACAUCGUGCUCAAGGGCACGGCCAACGUGACGCUGGACGCGGGCAAGCGCAUGAUCCAGCACGAAAAGGGCGGCGUCUUCCUCAACAUCACCACCACGUACGCCGAGACGGGCUCGGGCUACGUCGUGCCCUCCGCUGCGGCCAAGGCUGGCGUCAGCUACGGCAUCCGCUUCGUGGGCAUCGCGCCGGGUCCGAUCAAGACCAAGGGCGCGUUCGACCGCCUGGACCCCUCGGGCGCCUUCGAGGAGGUCAUGCUGCAGAACAACCCGCUCAAGCGCUUCGGCGAGGUGGACGAGCUGGCCAACCUGGCGUCCUACAUGACGAGCGACUACGCCAGCUGGCUCAACGGCGAGAUCAUCCGCUUCGACGGCGGUGAGACGGUCUCGAACGCCGGCGAGUUCAACAUGUUUGGCUCCGUGUCCAAGGAGAAGUGGGACGACCUGGAGGCCACCAUCCGCGAUUCCAACGCCAAGAGCAAGAAGUAG